GCCUGACUGCUUGUCUCUGACUGGUUUGUUCAGUGGGUUGACUACUUGUUUCCACCUGGUUUGGUCAGUGGUCUGUCUGCUUGUUUGUUCAGUGGCCUGACUGCUUGUUUCGGACUGGUUUGUUCAGUGGGUUGACUGCUUGUUUUCCACCUGGUUUCAUCAGUGGUUUGACUGCUUGUUCCCGACUGGUCUGUGGACUUUAGUCUCGAUAAUGGAGAAGCAGGUCCUGCCUGAAUCCUUCUGCUCCAUGACUAUUCUGGAGGAAACCAAAACCAGCCACAACCCCCUGUCCAAUGGGGGAAACAGCUACCCCCCUGCAGUCGUGAACGGCAGCUUGGCCACACUGACAGUGGCGGCACCCGGGGACGUGGCCAGCAGUGUUUGUGGUGGGCCGGAUAUGAAGGGACGGGGGACAAGUACAGGACACCAGGAGCGUGAGACAUGGUCGCGGCAGCUGGACUUCAUCAUGUCCUGUGUGGGAUUCGCUGUUGGACUCGGGAACGUGUGGAGAUUCCCGUACCUGUGCUACAAGAACGGAGGAGGCGUCUUCUUGAUCCCGUACCUGGUGUUUGUCUUUGUCGGAGGAAUCCCCAUCUUCUUCCUGGAGAUCUCUCUGGGACAGUUCAUGAAAGCUGGAAGCACCAAAGUGUGGAACAUCGCACCGCUUUUUAAAGGUCUGGGCUACGCCUCCAUGGUCAUCGUGUUCUUCUGUAACACCUACUACAUCAUGGUGUUGACAUGGGGCUUCUACUACUUAAUCCACUCGUUUACCGCCGUCCUGCCCUGGUCCACCUGCAACAACACCUGGAACACGCCCAGCUGCAUUGAGAACUUCAGGCAGCACAACUGCAGCAGCACCGUGACACCCAACUCCAGUGCCAACGUCACCUGCAGUUCACCCGUCAUCGAGUUCUGGGAGAACAAGGUGCUGAAGAUCUCGUCUGGUCUGGACGAUGUCGGACACAUCGACUGGGAGCUGCUGUUGUGUCUGCUCGCCGUCUGGGUUCUGGUUUAUUUCUGUAUCUGGAAAGGAGUCAGAUCCACCGGGAAGAUUGUGUACUUCACAGCGACCUUCCCCUACGUGGUUCUCAUCAUCUUGCUGAUCAGAGGGGUAACACUUCCUGGAUCCUCUGUUGGCAUCAUGUUCUACCUCAAACCUGAUUGGUCCAAACUUGGGGAGGCUCAGGUUUGGAUUGAUGCAGGUACGCAGAUCUUCUUCUCCUACGCCAUCGGACUGGGCGCCCUGACAGCCCUGGGCAGCUACAACCGCUUCAACAACGACUGCUACAAGGACGCCUUCAUCUUGGCUCUGGUCAACAGUGGAACCAGCUUCUUUGCCGGCUUUGUUGUCUUUUCAAUUCUGGGCUUCAUGGCCGCCGAGCAGGGCGUGGACAUCUCGCUGGUCGCUGAGUCGGGUCCGGGAUUGGCCUUCAUCGCAUAUCCGAAGGCAGUCAGUAUGAUGCCGGUGUCACCGCUGUGGGCGGCGCUGUUCUUCUUCAUGCUGUUGAUGCUGGGAUUGGGUAGUCAGUUUGUUGGCGUCGAGGGUUUCGUUACUGGGAUUCUGGAUUUGUGUUCUGAAAAGUAUCAACAUCGCUACAGAAGGGAGCUCACCGUGGCGAUUUGUUGUGCGGUGUCGUUCAUCAUCGACCUGUCCAUGGUGACAAAGGGUGGCAUGUACGUCUUCCAGCUGUUUGACUAUUACUCAGCUAGCGGAACCACACUGCUGUGGCAGUCCUUCUGGGAAUGCAUGGUGGUCGCCUGGGUCUACGGCGCUGACCAUUACAUGGACGAUAUCGCCCAUAUGAUUGGCUACCGGCCGUUUCCGUGGAUGAAGUGGUGCUGGUCGUUCAUGACGCCGUGUGUCUGCAUCGGUGUCUUCUUAUUCCAACUGGUGAACUACAAGCCGCUGACCUACAACAAAACCUACGUGUACCCGUGGUGGGGUGAGGCAAUUGGCUGGUGCCUGGCACUGUCCUCGAUGCUCUGCGUGCCAGUUACCCUGAUCUACAAACUCUUCAAGACCCAGGGGAGCUUCACUGAGCGCUGGGCUCGUCUUACCAGACCCAUUUGGGGGGCCCAUCAUCUGGAGUACAUGACCCCCGAUGGCCCGUCCAAGACCUCGCAGAGCCCUGGAAACAAUCUCAGUGAUGACAUCAUCUAUGAGAGUGUCAUGUAAGUCGGGCUCCACCAAUCGCAUCUCUGCAUCCCAACCACAAGGACAUGGCCGACACAUCCCAUCUUGAUCAGUUCAUCCAGUUCCCAGAACCCACUAUCCAGAACCCAGUACCUGGACAAGGACACAUCAUCUCCUUCUGAUCAGUCAGCUGUCACAGCUACUGAUUAUUCUUUCGUCG